CAGGCAGCAGAUGCUCUCUCGGCAGUUCCCACUGCCGACUUUGGCCAUUCUCUGCUGCUGGGAAGGGUUCAGCCCAACACCACCCUCCUAGUUGGCUUCAGAUUCCCUCGGGAUGGGCUGUGCUGCGGGAGCUGUGUGCUGUCAGGAAGUUUGUCCCAUUGCUGUUUAGGCCAAGGGUAUUAGUGCUGGAAAGCAGAAAAACUCUGGCUGGAAAGCAGGGGGUGACAGUGGGUACAUGGGGACAGAGCUGCCUGGCAAGGUCUUGCAGUAGGAACCUGCUCUUUCUGCUGGUGGCUGGAUGCUGGACCAGUGAACGUGCAACGGCCUUGUUUGACUUGAGUAAUUUAUAGCUUAUCAGUUUCUGGUUUGAUACCCGGAGUAUUUCUAAUAAUAGGCAAAUAUUAUUGCACCUCGAGAGAAUUGUACGCGUUUAUAAAGCACUUUACAUAGCGUGUGCAUGCGAGGCAUCCUUCAUGUCACCACUUUUCCACCACGUGUGAGUGCGUGGAGAGCGGGGUGUCUCCCCCCUUGCUGUUUGGGUGCCAAGGCUGGGCGUCCUCCACAGUUAAGCCCUUGCAGAUGGGAUGCCUGAGCCAGGUGCUUUCCGAAAACAUCCUGGGUCGCUCCCAGGGCGGCUCCUCCUCCUCACCGGACAGGAUGAGACAUCGGUGAGCAGCGAGGACUUUGAUAUGAACGACUCCACAUGGAUCUCAGCUGACCAGCACCUGAACUCCAGCCUGAGCCCCAGCCAGGACGAGAGCAUGCGCAGCCCGCAGAACCUGCACGGCCAGGAGGACGAUGACUCCUCGUCAGAGAGCUGCAGCGGGAAUGGCUCCUCCACCCUGAACCCCUCCACCUCCAGCAGCACGCAGGGCGACAGCGCCUUCCCCGAAAUGAACGGGAAUGGCACCGCGGCCCCCAUGGACUUCACCACCUCCGCCGACGACCAGCCCAUCAACCUCUGCGACAAGCUCACACCUGCCCACGUCACCCCUUCCUACCAGUCGGACGGCUGCAGCGCCGACGGGCUGCGCAGCAGGGUCAAGUACGCGGUGAAGACCACGGCAGAGUCCCCUCCAUACAGCUCUGGCAGCUAUGACUCCAUCAAGACAGAGGUCAGUGGCUGCCCUGAGGACCUGACCGUUGGCAGGGCCCCCACGGCCGAUGAAGAUGACGAUGAUCAUGAUGACCACGAAGACAACGAUAAGAUAAAUGACUCAGAGGGGAUGGACCCGGAGAGGCUAAAGGCCUUCAAUAUGUUUGUGCGCCUUUUCGUGGACGAGAACCUGGACCGGAUGGUUCCCAUCUCCAAGCAGCCCAAGGAGAAGAUCCAGGCCAUCAUCGAGUCCUGCAGCCGGCAGUUCCCCGAAUUCCAGGAGCGGGCGCGCAAGCGCAUCCGCACCUACCUCAAGUCCUGUCGCCGCAUGAAGAAGAAUGGGAUGGAGAUGACCAGGCCCACGCCACCGCACCUGACCUCGGCCAUGGCAGAGAACAUCCUGGCCGCUGCCUGCGAGAGCGAAACGCGGAAAGCAGCCAAGAGGAUGCGGCUGGAGAUCUACCAGACCUCCCAGGACGAACCGAUCGCUCUUGACAAGCAGCACUCCAGAGACUCCACAGCCAUCACCCACUCCUCCUACUCACUGCCAGCUUCAUCUUACUCCCAAGACCCAGUCUACAUCAAUGGAAGCCUGAACUACAGCUACCGUGGCUACGGGUCCCUGGGGGGCAGCCUGCAGCCGCCCGCCUCCCUCCAGACGGGCAACCACAGUAACGGUCCGACCGAUCUCAGCAUGAAAGGUGGGGCCUCCAGCACGGCCCCCUCCAACAGCACCAGCAGGGGAAUGCAGGCUGCCCAGCUCAGCCCCACGGAGAUCAGCGCAGUGCGGCAGCUGAUCGCCGGCUACCGAGAGUCGGCGGCGUUUCUGCUCCGAUCUGCAGACGAACUGGAAAACCUCAUUUUACAGCAGAACUGACUCCCGGUGUCUGCGUCGCUCCUCUGUCGAGAAGACAAUUUAUACCUGCUAGAAAGAGGCUCCCAGCGGUGUCCUGCUCAGGACCACCACCGUCCUCCCGUGAAACGGCGGGUACAUGUAGUUUUAGAAGGUGGAAUCCAAAAGACCUGUUUUCUUUUACACUCCAAGCACCUGGGACUUCAGGCACAAGGACACGUUUUUGAACCGUACCAACACCCGUGCGUCCGGCCGACCAGAAGCCAAACCUGCGGCUUGGAAGGAUGUGGGACUUUCAAGGGCAGAAGGGAGCCUGGGGAGGUUUGGGGCUGCAGAUGUAUUUAGAAUAACCUUUGUGGACCCAAAUGUUAGAUUCCCGUCCCCAGAUAAUUUCCAAGUCUUAGGUGAGCUGAAUCACAUAUUUAUUGAGAAAUGGACCCUCCUCUCCCCUUAGUAAUUUAUUUUUCUGAAAAUGGAUUCUUUUGAGUUUGUACAGAUUGCCAGUUUUUUGUCUGUCUGAUCAGAAGGAAUUUAUUCCUGUGAAAUAACACAUUCCAUAUCACUACACUACUAAUUUCCAGGCAGCUCUGCCUGUUUCUCUGGGGAGCCCUUGUCCCAACAGGGAGCAAGUUUGCCAUCCGACCCUACACUUCGAGGCUGCUCAACCUCCAGUAAGCGUAGGUGGCAGCUGAUGGACGGAGCAAGCAAACGUCCUGCUUAGACCUUCGUUCUAAGCGGUCCCGUAGCAGCAGUGGGGUCUAAACCUCCCGAGAGACUCGGCAAGCUCAGCAGACCUCCGCCUAGAAGGACGUCUCGCGCUCAUUUAAGUCAUUGCAGAUAAGAGAAGGAAGGAAGGAAGGAAGGAGAUACCUGAGAAACACUGUCUUGCGGUCACCAUCCGUACUCUACCUCACACUCCAUUGUGGGCUUCUUCCAGGACUGGCCGAGCUGGGCCUGGGGGACGGUGAGUGUCGCAGACGCGUGGAUCGCGCCGAGGAGGCUGGACCCAGGUCCAGCGGGAUCCGCCGGGGUCCUGCUGCUUGGGGGGCAGCUCGUCCCCCCCCACCCCACCCCGCUCUUUGCACCGGUCCCUGUGACACCAGCCCUGGGGUAGCACCAGGAGAAUAAACCCUUUAGGAGCCGUGUGGGUGUCGUAAAGGCUGAUGCCGGGUUCCUGCCUGAAAGGCGAGCGCGGUGCGGCCGAGCCGCUCGCUCCUCUGCAGACGACAGAGACGGGCAAACAUUCAGCAGCAGAACUGACAAAAUCCUCUCCAGGGCCCAGCAUCCUUCCCCCUCCUCCCCGCUCACAGUCCUGGAACAAGCCCACAAUUCCCAAAGUGUGGAAAAACCAUAGUCCGAUGACCAUUCUGCCCCGUUACCCACCCCUCGCCCCUCUUCACCCUCUCCCCAAUAAUGCACUUCGUUUUGCUCAGUGCAAUACCUACUACCAGUGCUGCUAAACCCAGGGGCUUGGCUGGGGCACGGGGCUGCUGAGCCCAGCGAUGGUCCGUGCUCCGGAGCCACGUAGAGCAGCAGAGACAGCGGCUGCCGGGGAUCCUGGCUCCUCCUUGCCCCCGGCGCCGGGCAGGAACCCUCACCACAAGAUAGAGAUUUGAUAAGCGUAACCCCCCCAUACGCUCCUUUUAAAGGUAGAUACUUUCUGUCUUUGGAGGCAGCUUUUUUCUUCUUUUUUGGCCACUCUGAGCUGGCUGUUGCUCCGCCGGGGGGGCUGACGCCGCUGGCGUGGGCUCGAGCUCGGUGGCAGCGGCCGGUCCCAGCCAGGAGAGGACCUGGGCAGUUUCCUCAGUAGCCUUUAUACCCGAUUAUACUCCCCACACACUGGAAGAGAAGCAAAACCUCUACCCUCCUCUUAGUCUUAGUAUGGAAAAAGCCGCCAGCUCCUGAGGACAGGCUUGCCUGGCCCGGCAGCAGAAGGGAUUAACCGUUGCGUUGACUGUUUUUUUCCCCAAAUCUUAAACUUGCCACAGCAUUUGGAGAAAAGGGACCUAACUCCUGGCCGCGGGGCGCAGUCAGGGUGUCCGUGCAGAGGUGAGGUGGUGGCUCGUUAGACCUGAGCCCAUGCUGGAGCCGGGAGCAUCGCGGCCAUCCCGAGGCGUGCCCGGGCUGAGCACCCCCUGUCCCCCCCUCCUCUCUGCCCACAGCAGGCAGCAGAGUGGGUUUUGGAGAGUGGGGGGCCAGCCCAGGGUAUCAGCGUCUCCCCCUGCCCCCCCGAGCCAGGGUUCAGCCUCACGCUUUCCCCAGCACUUCACAAGCCUGCUUGGGUUUGUCCACUGCAUCCUCCCAUACUUGGAAUUUAUGUAAAUAUUUAUUUUUGUGUGAAUACCAUGAAGUAACAAACCUUUGACAAAAAAAAAAAAAGAAAAAAAAAAGAAAAAAAAAACAAAAAAAGAUGUAACCGCAGCCAUUUGUGAAAGUCUUAACGUUAAGGAAGGAGAGGCAGAGACAAUCGCUGUCCCGGAAUUCUCUCUCUCUGCGAUAUCCCACCCGAGUCGGUGCCUCCCUCCCCCUCAGAGGCCAUCGAGAACAUUUAGCCAUAAGUUUGCCAUCCAGUUUACCGAAAAAAAAAAAAAAAAGAAAAAAAAAAGAGUUUACCCAGGGGCUUACGGACAGAUCACCAUCAGCUACACUUCGUUUAAAGUUUUAUUUAUACAAGUUUUAGCUGUCGUUACCAGAUCACCUUUGAACUUGUCUUAGCAUGUAUUGAAGUUUAGUAGCUCUUACACUUUGUUAAACUGCUGUAGAAGACAGAUGAGGCUCACGGUCGCGUAGGAAGGUCUCCAACAGCCUGCCCUGUCCCAACACCUGAUGUUCAUCACUUGCAGCUGAAUGGUACAGACUCAGAUUUCCAAAGCCCCGGUGACAGCCACAUCUGUGACGAGUUAUGAAACAAAUGGGAUUGAAUAUGAAUUUCUGUCAGGGAUCUUUUUCUUUCCUUUUUUUUUUUUUUUUUCUCCCUUUUUUUUUUUUUUUGUUUUAAAUUUUGGUGAGCCGCAGCUUUACAGUUUCUUUGGAGCAAGCUCCACCAACAUCUCUUCAGCUGAUCCGUGCUCAGUUGUGGCUCUUCUGUGCUCCAGGACUGUUCCACAGCCACAUCCCUGCGCUCUCACUGGGCAGGACGGGGUCAGGAAUCGCUAGUCCGGGUUCUCAUCAAGAAGGAAUGAGCAGGAGCAGAAUACACCGGCUCUCCAGCUAUUCUGAGGGGUGGAAGGAGAAUGCUGGGUUAGCAAAUGGUCUGGAUGUUCUUGGUUUCAUUUAAGAAAAGCUAAUCACUGGUCGAGAAAAUAGAUGGGUUUGGUUUUUGGUGGGUUUUUUUGUUUGUUUUUUUUUGUUUUUUUUUUAACUUAAUUUAAUUUUAUUGUAAACACAACCAUCCUGCCCUGGAUGUGCAGGUCCCAUGACAGUGUUUCUCCAUGGGAGAGCGUUCCCGGGAUCGCGAGCAGACGUGACGUGUACCUCCCCCAUCCAAAGGGCCACUUCCCUCCCGCCAGUGGCCGUCGGAUUUAGUACCAGUUCAUGAAAAAAAAAAAAAAGAAAAAAAAGAAAAAAAAAAAUGCUGCUUUGAACUCAGAGGGUUAAUAUACUUUUGAUUUGUAAUUUUUUGUAAAACUUUUUACAAGGUAGCAUAGUAUUUCACCAGAAUACCAACUACAAUCCGUCCAUGGUCUGAUUUUUAUAUAAUUUAGUGGUGCUUUAGAAACUUUUGUUUGGUUGUUUCGGAGCUGUACAGCUCGAGUUUUUUCGCCUGUAUCUACCUAAGACCAAUGUGAACCUUUGUAUUUUUGCUCCUAAUUUUGGACUCAGUGAAAGUGUACUGUUUACAUGUACAGAACUCCCGGCCCCUGUGUGUUCUGCAAGACCUGCUGUUGAAGAGGAAGAUGCACCUCACCCAGUUCGUCUGCUUAACCAAGCCACAGCCUCACUCACCCACUGACACACGCACCUACCCUCAAGGAAGACACUCCCCCCCCCCAAAAAACCAACAAAAAUUGAAACACCCUUUAAGCAAUUUUGGGUUUUGCACAAGCUAUUGUAUUAUUAUUGUUGUUAUUAUUAAUUUUUUUUUUCCCGGUAGUCGAUUUACGGAUUGGCUGCAAUUCAAAGAGAGCUGAGAUGAUGCUCGAUUAACUGAAGCACCAGAAAAGAGGUGACAGAGCUGCUGCUUCGCCGUCCUCCUCCCGGCAUCCGGGGCAGGAGGGUGAAAGCCUCCCCAGCUCAGCGUGGGGUUCAAACACGGGAGGAGAACGCUCGAGCCAAAGGGGGGCUUGCGAGGAAGCAGGGAAAAAGCAGGGGAGACACACACACACACACACACUCAUCGAGCAUAAUUGGCACCGUACUUUAACGAACCUGGUGAAGCCGCCCGAGCUGGCCGCUGAUUGCAGAUGGAGAGGGUGGGAGCACGUUCCCUCGGGAGGUGGGGGGGGGGAUGCUCCAAAACGAAGCAGAACAGAGCUCUUUGGAAAGUCCCCUCUUUCCUGAGGGCUCUGGUAGAAAGCAUAUGGCACUUAAUCCAGCUUUUAAGGUGACACUUUAUUGCUUAAUCAAUUGAUUUCAUUUUGAAAUGAUAUUUUUGCAGAUAGGCACCUAUGCAACUUAAUGUGGCUCUUAAGCAGAUGAGCACUUCCUCCUCAACGAGCUUGAUAAGAGUUAUUUGUGUUAUAUACUGUGGAUUUUUCCAGUAAAUGUGGCUUAAUAUUUUAAUUCUUAGAAUGUGUGUCUAUUAUAUAUGUGAUGCAACUUAAUUCUGUUCUGUUUGUGGAAUGAUUAGCACAGGCCAACUCCCUGUUCCCCUCACUUAACAAAGACCAAUGAGCUGUUAAUCAAGCUGUUAUCUCCAUGGUAUUACUUGCUAAAUGCACUGAUUUCAUAAGUAUGUGGAAUCCUUUUUAUUUUUUUUCUUUUUUUUUUUUUUUUCUUUUGAAUCUGUAUAUCAUAUAUAAGACUGAAUCUACUUAAUAAACACUGUAUAACAAAAAGGGCUUUCUCCUCCACUGUCGAGCACCCUUGGGUGCUGCCGGCACCGGCCGUUGCCCCCCUCACCCCGUCACCAGCCCAUGUUUGCCCCCUCCCCAGCCCCAGCCCACGUGCUGUGUUAGAGGUCGGUGCCAUUGGUCUCCAAAGCGGGAUCUAAAUUUAGGUGUUAAAAGGAAAAAAAAAAAAAAAAAAAAGAAAAAACCAUCUUUCCAUAAUUUUGACCCAAGCUGUGCUUUCCAUUCCGUAACAGAAGCCGCGGGUGCCGUAGGGAGCAGCGUUAGCACUCACCAGUGGGGCUCGUCACAAAUUUUAUGCUUAACUUAUAUUUUGAUGAAAUUAAUUUUGUGAAGUGUCUGUUUUUUGUGGGGAAAAAAAAAAUUAAUAAUAUGGAGUUUUCAUUGAAGUUUGUGGAAAGUUCUCCCUCUCCUCAUGGAAAAAACUGAUUUUUCGUGAUCAGCUUUAUUCACUAAGUAUAAUAAAUCUUUGCCUCCGUAAAA